ACACCCUCAGUCCACAGACUCGCACUGCACUCGUCCAAUCCAGGGAGGCUGGGAAGGAUCAGGGAUCCAUCCACCGUUCUGUCUUCUCAGGUCGACAGGAGGCCAGACCAGGUGCGCGCGUCCGUGUCGGCGAUGAGCGCGGGCGGGAGCCGGGCGCGGCAGAACGCGAUGCGCUCAGGGGUGGUGGUGCUGGGCGCCGUGGCCUUCGGCUACCUCUCCUUCCGCGUCGGCUUCAAGCCCUACCUCGACCAGGCUCAGGAGGCCAUCGACUCCGCCCGCGACCCCGACCCUGACCCCGCCACCACCGCCGCGAGGGACGCGUCCGACGAUCCCGGCGCCGGUCGCCCAGGGGGAGACCUCGGGCCGUCCAAGGACCCGGCCGUCGUACUGCGCGACUGAGGCCCGGUGCGGGCGUUUGGUUGCGCCAUUUUGGCAAACACCUUGUACGCGGGCCCUUGCUUCGACUGUUUUGGUAGUAUGGGCCACCCUGUGUGAGAUCUUCUUCCCUGCUGCUUUGAAGUUUGAACUGGUUUCUGUGUGAUGCCCACA